CCUCGCUUGAGUUUCUGAAGAAUGUUCCAUAUCGCGCUAAGCUCAUCACUACUGAUUAUGACAGGCGUGCAACGGCACACAUCCACAGAGCACUCUUCAAAUCAUCUACACAGUGGUUAUCCAACUAGGAUUAUAAAGGCACACAUUGACAUUGACCACUGUUCCAGUCAACGACACAGUCGCUAUCCAAGUAGCAUUAUAGAGCUGUCAUGCAACGCAACAGCUGUGCUAUCUGCCAUCGCACAUCAAAGAAGAAGUGCAGCCGCCCACAUUCCACCUCACGUCUGUCCGACCAGCUGCAAUCCUCGAGGACGCCCCACUGUACCAUGAUUUCACUACGAUGUUUGACAAGAAGGAGCAGUGCGCGAGAUAGGCUAAUGAGCAGACUUCCCUCGCUUGAGUUUCGGAAGAAUGUUCCAUAUCGCGCUAAGCUGACCACUGCUGACCAUGACAGGCGUGCAUUGGACUGGUACAGGUUGGAACUAAACAUUGAAUAUGCUGGUGGUGACGCUUUCUGAUGAGAAGUUGGUCGUGACUGAUGCAGUAUCCUUGGACUUGUCCACAGCAUCGUUCAAUCAUUGCUCUCUGAGCUGCCUUGAUUCUGUACUUACCCAAAUACUAAGACCAAAUGCCUGUUGACGAGACAAGACCACUAAUGAAUAUUCAUAGGUUGGAGGGUCGAGGCCUAUCAAUUAGACGAGUGCAUGUUUUUUACUCUCAAGUACAUAUUUGGAGAGGUAUUGAAAAAAUAUUUGCUGUGGCAAGUCUACAGAUAUAAAGAAAUUAUUUGAUGAAAAAAUUAAUUUCGAAUUUUGCUAAUUGGGUAAUAGGGGGCGUGUUUUGAGUUUUUUCUGCCAGUUGGCUGAAAACAGUGGAAAUAUCAAAGUCUGUCUAAUUUGUCGAUUAUAAAAAAAUUUCCGUGGUCAAUCACCAAUUUCCAUCGCACCAGUUACUCGCAAGACUAACCCGUAUAUCAUAUCCGAAUUUCAGU